AUGAUAGCUCAAGGCUUCUCAGGGCUCAUGCGACCCUUGCUCAGUGGACUGAGUGUAAGCAAAAUUCGCUUUAUUUAUCUCUGUGGGGUGUCUGAGCAGCAUCACCCACCAGCUAAGCAGGGGUCAGAAAGAGGCUUCAGCUCCACGCACAAGCUCCAGGAUGCCCCUGGGGAAUUGAGCUCUGCUGACCAGGUGACGGUGCAUUUUAUAAAUCGGGAUGGAGAGCGACUUACGGCCACAGCUAAAGAAGGGGAGAGUUUGCUGGAAGUGGUAGUCAAUCAAAACUUGGCCAUUGAUGGAUUUGGUGCAUGUGAAGGGACAUUAGCCUGUUCCACCUGUCACCUCAUCUUUGAGAAGGAUACCUUCCAAAAGCUGGAUGCCAUCUCAGAUGAAGAGCUGGACAUGCUGGACUUGGCGUAUGGACUCACUGAGACAUCUCGCCUUGGCUGCCAGGUGUGCAUUAAGAAGUCGAUGGAUGGUCUGACGGUGCGGGUGCCCAUGGAUGUAUCAGACAUCAGGAGGCAGCUGGAGGUUGGAAAGCAAAGCAAACAGUAA